UGCGAUUAACUGUUCUACGAUGCAGCGUGUCUGUUUAGCUGUGCUGCUGGGUGUUAUAAAGUUAAUUUCUGCCAUGCUUUACCCCGUCGGUUCUGGAAUAGAUGAGAACGCAGACAAUGCCUUCAUGCCGAAUGAACGUACUACGCUCGACGAUUGUCACCUAAGGUACUACAAUUUUGGAGGACGAGGUUUAGUAGCACCUUCGUUUGCUAAACCUGCUUUUUUGACUGAGUUUGCACACAUCGGAGCAAUUGGAUGGACCCGGCAGGAUGGUACGAUUGUGUGGGCUUGCGGUGGUUCCUUGAUAUGGGACAAUUUCGUGCUAACGGCCGCUCACUGCACAGCAAAUGACGAAAACAUUCCACCCGAUGUUGUGCGUUUCGGCGAUCUAAACAUAUACAGCGAAGAAGAUGAUGCGUAUGCACAGCAGUUAGCGAUCGUGAAUAUAUUUCGCCACCCAAGUUACGUCUUCAGUGGCAAAUACUACGAUAUAGCAUUGCUACAGUUAGAGCGAAACAUCACUGUCCAUGAGACAGUAGCUCCAGCGUGUCUAUGGUUAGAUCAGGAAGUACGAUUUAAGGAGCUCGAAUCAGCCGGUUGGGGUCAAACAGGGUUUGCUGAAGACCAGACGCCUAUACUGCUGAAAAUUACAUUGAAACCGAUGAGUAACGAAAAUUGCAAAGUGCAUUACACGCCAACCACUGUUCGAGGUUUGCGAAAUGGACUUCAUCACCAUCAUAUUUGUGCCGGCGAUAAAAGGAUGGACACAUGUCUGGGUGAUUCUGGAGGUCCGCUGCACAUACGACUGCAGCACAAUGGCAAAGUCACACCGUUUCUUGUAGGGUUAACUUCGUUCGGACUGCCUUGUGGACAAUCUCAUCCAGGCGUGUACACGCGUGUAGCACCAUUUCGUUCCUGGAUCGUGGAAACACUGCAAAAAAAUGGUGCCCCGGAGGUGACGGACAGUCAGUUUGAUCCCGCGGACUGUGCAUUGCGACACGUUGCCAUACGACAAUUGGCCAUAUCGAAUGUAGUAGCGAACGAGUCAGGCAUAUACGAAACGUUCAAUGCACAGCGUUCGUACAUUACGACGGAAGUGGAUGAGCAGAUGGUUCUGCUGAGGUGGCCUGAUUCAGUCACGCCGCAGAAAAAUAACUGUAUGGGUUCCAUAAUCGAUCAUGAUACAGUCGUUACGUUGGGUGAUUGUACAGUGCAUGCUGGAGUACCUCCUACACGUGUACUACAUCGCAAGAGAGCGGGCUACUAUUAUGAUCAAACCGAGGAAAAGCAAUAUGCUGUGGUAGAGAUGCACGUACAUCCAAAUCACACCAAAGGUUCCUACUAUGACAACAUAGCAGUGCUGAAAAUCAACGGAUCAUUUGAUAUUUUACCUGCCUGUAUUUGGAAUGCUGCAGAACUACCUGAUCCACAAAUAGAAAUAACCACCAUCGGUCGUGUUGAUUUGAACGUUUAUCAGUACAAGGAUCGAACAAUACACGAUUCAAGCAGCAUGCAGCUAACGCCUCGAGUUUUCGCGUACGACAACAACAGCUGCUUACUUGCCCUCCAAUACCAGGAGAAAUUAAGUCAAGGCCUUCUGCAGCAACAUUUAUGUUUUGGGAAUGAUCCAUUCCUGGUACCAGAAGUGUGUGAACUCACCAAUGGAGGACCACUUCAACGCACGAUUACUCGAAUGGGUCGCUUUUUUAAGCAUGUAUACGGAAUAAGCCUUUUUGGGCGAGAUUGUGGAUACGGUGAGCCGGGUGUAGCUGUACGAUUGCAUACUCAUAUGCACUGGUUGGAGUCAGUGCUGCUGCCGAACAGAUCAGCCUACAAUAAAUCACCAGAUGCGGUUUUGUUCAUCAACACUGAUCUCGAGCUAUUCGAUCGGUGCGAUCAAUAUGAUGGUUCCGUAGGGCUGUGUGUUCCCGUUGAUCGUUGUAAAGGAAUUCGGCACCGUAUCGAUCGAAGAGAAGGAUUGAUAUUCUGUACGAAUGGAACGAUUGUCUGCUGCUUGCCGAAAAAUAUCAUGGACGAUGAACAGCUUCUGCACGACGAGGAUCAACAGGUGGAGGAUUGUGAAAAUCGAUACGAAUCGUUUCGCCGGAGGAACUUCAUUGGUAACCCGGAGCUGCCCAAAACAAAACCGCACAUAGUGGAGGUUAUUUGGGAGGAAAAACCGAGCCGCAAGCUGUACACCUUGUGUCUGGGUUAUCUCAUUACAACAGGCACGGCAAUCACCAGCGCUGGCUGUACUCAGAUUAAAAACCGCAAGCCUCACCUUCUCAGGUUGGGUUCCAUCAGCAGUCAGUACGAAGAUUCCUCCAUUAGUGCACCAAUAAAACGCAUCAUACCACAUUCCCGGUAUGAUGCUACUACUGGAGCCAACAAUGUCGCUCUGCUGAUGCUAUUUCAACACAUAGAACCUACGGCAGCUGUCUAUCCUGGCUGUCUAUGGAGGAAUGAAACACACACUCCCUUGGUUUCGGAAAUACACUCCAUUGUCGAAUCACAGCUAAAACAGGAAGAAGUGCAUCCGAUGUAUAGUUCACACUGUGAGCGAGCUUUAAAUAUCAAACUAAACGAUGGGGAAUAUUGCACCAUUUCUACCGAUUCUAUGGCAUCAACCUGUCCUACGGCAGGCGAUCCAAUUGUGUGGCGAGGUAAAGGAACGAAAGAGGCACCAGUCGAGUACUUGGUAGGAAUGUUUAGCAACACAACUUGUGGAACGGAUGAUCCUCUCAUCAAUGCACGCAUUUCGGAAUACGUUCCUUGGAUACUGGAUAACUUGCGAAGUGCAUCCAAAUUGUACCCGAUCCCUGCACAUUUGCCGGAAGAUCAAAUGGAUAUGAUGUUACCGUUUGACAAAAUAUCGCUAGAUGAUUGUCACACACGCAACUGGAAGGACGGGUUCCAAUGGACGGUGGCACCGGCUUACGGUAGUCCUGCGUUGCUGCGCGAAUUCGCUCACAUCGCCGCGAUCGGCUGGACGGGAACGGAUGGCAAAAUAAUCUGGGGAUGCGGCGGGUCGCUGAUAUGGGAGAAUUUCAUUCUCACUGCUGCCCACUGUGCGGCAAACGAUGAAGAUGUUGCGCCAGAUGUGGCACGAAUGGGUGACCUCAACAUCUACAGCGAUGAGGACGAUGAGUUCCCUCAGCAGUUACGAAUUGUGAAGAUCAUACGCCACCAGCAGCACCGGUUUAGUGCCAAGUACUACGAUGUAGCGCUGAUGCAGCUCGAAAAGAAUAUCAUUGUACAUGAGACGGUUGCACCGACCUGCCUCUGGCUAGAAGACGAGGUGCGCUUCCCGAAGCUCUUUGCAGCGGGUUGGGGUAAAACAGGUUUUGCUGAGGAUAAAACAAACAUUCUGCUGAAGGUCGAACUUACUCCCAUGAACAACACUGAGUGUUCGCGUUUCUACACCUCGUCCGAGCGUGGACUGCGCGAUGGACUACAUGCACAUCAUCUGUGUGCCGGUGAUGAGAAGAUGGAUACGUGCCCGGGAGACUCCGGUGGGCCACUGCAUGUGAAGUUGCUUCAUAACGCCAAAAUGACACCAUUUCUAGUAGGCGUCACUUCGUUCGGUAAACCAUGCGGACAAGCAAAUCCUGGUGUGUAUGCCCGUGUGUCCAGCUUCGUGGAUUGGAUAAUUGAGACGCUGAAGCGGGAAGGAGAACCAGCCACGGCUCAAAAGUUUGAACCAUGGUCCUGUGCUCUACGCUACGUACAUGUGCGUGAGUACGAAGAUGAUGUUGUUGAAUCGAGGUCAAACAAUUACGAGACCUACAACUCGGACAAGGCUCAUCUGGUGAGUGGUGACAGCAGGCAACGGGUGGACAUUGUUUGGGCGAAUAAAAUAGUACCGCGUCGAGAAAACUGUUCCGGUACUCUGAUUGAGCGGGACGCUGUUGCAACAUUGGCGGAAUGUGCAUCUCAUAUGGGGGCAAGCCCAGAACGAGUAAAGCUGAGUAAUGGAAAUUUUGUCAAUAUUACUGAAACCAUCAUCCAUCCAAGGUACAGCCCAGCAACAGGACGUUACUAUAACAAUAUCGCUAUUUUGAAGCUCCCGUUUGCGGUAACAGUUGUGCCAGCAUGCGUCUGGUACAAUGAAACCAUUCCCGAUCCACAGUUUGAGGUCAUCGGUAAAGGUCGUGCUGAUCUCACGCCAUACAACGUCGAUGAAGAAGUUACUGAGCUCGAUGCCCGCAUCGUUGGAGUGUCACCUCGUGCGACUUUGCAGUCCAACAACGAAUGUCAGCUGGCCGAGCAGUAUCGCGCAUUACUAGGACGCGGUCUUCAAACUGAACACAUUUGCUUCCAGAACAAACCAUUUCUGGUGCCUGCCACUUGUGAACAACAGUUUGGUGGGCCUAUCGAACGAGAAAUAUGGCGCUUUUCGCGUUACUUUAACUACGCUUACGGAAUGAACUUGUUUGGACGGGAUUGUGGCUUCGGAGAAGCGGCCGUGGCUGUGCGGUUCAGCACUCACAAGCAGUGGAUCGAAUCGGUACUGUUGCCUGAAAUUGGCAACAGCAAUAAGGGCAGCGUGACUAGCUCAAGAGAUUCUGUGAUCUUCAUCAAUCCCGAUCUGGUAUUGAACGAUCGAUGCAACUAUGGAGGAGGUGUUGAGGGCUUAUGUGUUUCGCAUGAUAAAUGUCCCAGCAUAAAGCAGCGAAUAGCCAACGGUGUGCCGGUAACUCUUUGCUCGAACGGUUCGGUAGUAUGUUGCCCAAAUCAGGACAUCAGAGGUCCUCCGAGCGCAAUCGAAAAGGAGUUUAACGAGUGCGAGCAACGCUACGCACACCUACGAAAAGAGCGUCAGCAACGUUGGGAUGGAUUUCAACCAUUGAAAACGAGGUUUCCUCAUGUGGCUGAGAUAGGAUGGGAUGAAGCGUCCAAUAUACGGUUUCAGUGCAUCGGAUAUCUCAUCAGUACGCGUGCCGUUGUAUCGGCAGCUUCCUGCGUGGCGUCUAAAGAAUUCUUUCCAGAUGUUGUGCGCUUAGGUGGGUUUCAAGCUGGACAGUUUUCCAACGAUAUCGCGUUUAUACCCAUUGAAAUGACAGUGGUACAUCCGGAGUUUAAUGUUAGCACGUUUGGAAAUAACGUCGCAUUGUUGAAGCUUGUUACGCCGGUACAACCUACCGUUACCGUCUUCCCAGGUUGCUUGUGGCAGAACAUGACCCAUAAUCCAGUACAGGCUGAGAUAUUGACCGGGGGUGGUUUGCAGCCCAUCCAUCCGAUGUAUUUGAGGGAUUGCAAUGCACGCUAUGCCAGGCCCUUCACAGAUCCGCGGAUAACAUGCAUGAUUCCGGGAGUGCAAGGAUCAGAAGAGUACUGUUACGCUCCCGGAACUCCGAUCGUUUAUAGGAAGAAUGAGGAUCUCAAUCUCUUCACGGAGUACCUGGUGAACAUAUACAGCCAUGGUCGAUGCAAUUCCUCCUCACCGCGCAUAGUGCAUCGUAUAGCCAUGUACAUUGAUUGGUUCAAGGAGGUGCUGGAAUAA